AUGAUAUAAAAAAUAAGUGAAAUCUUCAAACAGGAUUCUGAAUUUUUACGUUUUUUAAAGAAAAGUAGCCUUUCAAAAGAUAAUUAAGUUUAUAAUGAGGAAGAAAUAGAGUUUUUAUCAUAAUUCAUGAUUAAGGAGAAAAAUCUCAAAGAUUUCUUUGACUUUUAUUAAAAUUUUGAGAUGCAAACUUAUAAUGUUAAAAUGAAAAUGCUCAUUAUCACUCAAUAGUUUAUUCAUUCAAACGAAGAUUUCUCGAAAAUGUUUUCUUCUUUAAGACUAACUAAUUUUUUUUUACUCAAACACACUCAUAGAAAUUAUGAAACUUGGUUACUUUUAAAUAUAUAAAUUCCAUUUAUAUCUUAUUUAUAAAAGUUAGCUAUCAACUUCAAAGAAAUAAAAAGUUACAAAACCUGUAUUUUUAUAAAACAAAAUUGCUUGAAGUAAUUAUUAUAUAUAAUUCUAGCUUAAUGAUCGAUAGUUUUAAAAUGGUGAAUAUUAUCAAUAUGGCUCUUUUUCUUGUGCCUAAUUUGCAAACAGCCUUAAUAAACUAUCCAUAAGAUCUAUUAUUAUAAAGAUUAACAUUAAGAAUUUAUUAAGAAGUUUAAGGAUACUAAUAGAAUUUAAUAGAUUCUAUGGUAUCAAUAUUCAAUGAUAAUCCAUAGAAUUAAAGUGUUGAAUUUUAUGAACUUUUAAGAGAAGUAAUUAUUUAGUAUAUAAUAGAUAAAAACUAUUGAAUAGAAGAUGAUACUCUUUUAUAAAUUUCGUAGUCUUUUUGACCAAAAAGAAAUUACUAAAUCUCCAUUGUAGAUAUUGAUAUAAUUCAAAGAUUAGAGUAAAUCCCCGAUAUCAUAAAAUAUUUGUAGAAAUUAGAAAAAAAGAGAAUAUCUUUAAUUAUCAUCAAGAAAAAGAUAAUCAACAGGUGGAGAAGCUAAUACACCAAAGAGUUCAAGGUUUUUCAAUUAUUUUGAAAAUCAAUACUCAUCUUGUGCACAGCUUUUAAUAAAAAAUUAGGAAAAGGUGAUCAAAGAAGUGUCAGAAACAUAGAUUGAUUAAACUUUAUAACCAUGA